AUGUCUGACGCGGAAGUCGCCGACUCGGUGGAAGAUUUAAAACUUUCAGAAAAGGUCAACAAACGCGAUGCAAAGAAAGCGAAAAAGCAAGCUAAAUAUGAGAAGGAAAUCCUCGCCAUGGGUGGAAAGGUUGAGGGGGUGAGCAACGCCCCUAAAGAAGAAUUUGUCGGAGGCGGUAUCGGGGCUGGUGCCGAGCUUGGCGGCCAAUUCUCCGUCUCGCAACAGGCGAAAACAACGCAGCAGAUGGCUUUAUUGGAGACCUCUCAAGAUAUUAAGGUCGAAAAUUUCGACAUUGCUGCACAGGGCAAAACCCUCUUUCACAAAGCCAACCUCACUAUUGUGUUUGGCCGGCGUUACGGACUCGUUGGACCCAACGGUAUGGGCAAGACGACGUUGUUAAAACAUAUUGCUGGCCGAAAACUGGCUAUCCCGGAACAUAUCGAUCUACUCUAUUGCGAGCAAGAAAUCGCCGUCGAUAGCACCUCUGCCAUCAAUGCCGUUUUGCUGUCGGACAAGAAGAGAACCGAGCUGUUGAAUGAGCAGGAGGCGUUAACAAAGAAAUUGGAAGAUGGUGAUAUCGGUGCCAGCACUCGCUUGAAACAGGUUGCUGAGGACUUACGUGAUAUCAAGGCCGACGCUGCCGAGCCGCGCGCUCGCCGUAUUCUGGCUGGUCUCGGAUUUAGCAAGGAGAUGCAAGAGAAGGCGACCCAAGAUUUCUCCGGAGGUUGGCGGAUGCGUAUCUCACUCGCCAGAGCCCUCUUCCUCGAACCAACAUUACUCAUGCUCGACGAACCGACAAACCAUUUGGACCUGAACGCCGUGAUUUGGCUUGACAACUAUCUGCAAUCCUGGAAGAAGACUUUGCUCAUCGUUUCUCACGACCAAGGCUUCCUGGAUUCUGUCUGCUCCGACAUCAUCCAUCUCAACGACCAGAAGCUCGAUUACUACAAAGGAAAUUACACUUCUUUCAAGAAGAUGUAUGAGCAGAAGACCCGCGAAUUCAGCAAGGAAUUCGAGAAUCAAGAAAAACAACUGAAAGCCUUGAAAAAGGGCGGAAAGAGCGCGAAACAAGCCGAAGAACAAGUGAAGCAGCAACGCCAGAACAAGGUCAACAAACAAGUCAAGGGAAAGAAAACUGCCGCGGGGCUUGGUGAUGAAGAUGAUAACGCACCCGCCGAGUUGCUUCAAAAGAAGAAGGCCUACAACGUCAAGUUCUCCUUCCCCGAACCGUUCGCGAUUCAGCCGCCAAUUCUCGGAUUGAAAGAUGUCACUUUUGGCUAUGGCAAGGACCAGCUGUUCAAGGAAUUGGAUUUUGGUAUCGACAUGUCGUCCCGUAUUGCGAUAGUCGGCCCCAAUGGUGUUGGAAAGUCGACGUUGCUGAAGCUUUUGACGGGUCGCAUCGAACCGAAUGAGGGCGAGCUUAUCAAAAACCGUCAGUUGAAGAUCGGAUGGUUCGAUCAGCACUCAAACGAAGCCCUGAAUAACGAACAAAGUGCUGUGGAAUACCUUGUGACGAAAUUCAACAUUGAUUAUCAAGAGUCGCGAAAGCAGCUGGGUACGGUCGGACUCGCCUCCCAUGCGCACACCGUCAAGAUUGGUGACUUGUCUGGAGGACAGAAGAGCAGGGUAGCUCUGGCGGAAUUGUCGCUUGGAUGCCCUGAUGUGCUGAUCCUGGACGAGCCGACGAAUAACCUUGAUAUCGAGUCGAUUGAUGCCCUCGCAUGUGCCAUUGAAGAUUUUAAAGGAGGUGUCCUUAUGGUUACUCACGACGAACGAUUGAUCCGAAAAACCGAUUGCGUUUUGUGGGUUGUCGAAAACCAGGAUGUCGUUGAAGUUGACGGCGACUUCGACACGUACAAGAAGGAGAUCCUCGACGCGCUCGGCGAAACAUUGGCCGAGAAACGGUCCGAC